UUCUGACUCAGGCCCAAAUCAGAUUUCAUGAGGUAUUUUUUCCCCCCAUACCGAUAUCUAUAGAGUAGAUGUAUGAGUGCAGCCACGUGGUGCUUUGUUUCCUCUAGUGCAGGUCUGCAUGCAGUGAAUGUGUGUACAUUUUAUGGCUGUGUGUACGUACCGUGUUUGUCUAUCUAAACCACUUGUGUCCAUGCCAGUUACCCCCCCACCCCCACCGAUCGCCAUGUCGUUUGGCUCGGCCUGGUAAUAAAAUGCUUCUCAGAGUGAUAUAGAAACCUCCACUUUAUGGACGACCAUAAUAAGUAGAGGCACAAUCAGGUUAUCUCGAGACUUUUAGGACCUUUGUAUGUGUGAAAGAGAUUUGAUUUUUUUUUUUUUUAAAUCAGUGGGUCAAAUCUUGAGUAGUGUAGUUGAUAAAUUUCAAUAUUAUUUCCAGUAGAUGAUGGAUUUAUUACUAUAAUGUCCAUGAUGUACUAUUUGUCUCACAAGGCCUUGUAAGGACAUUUUAAUGUGUAUUUUAUUUGCCUUUGACUCAAAUCUCUUCAGCAUUCUUAAUGAUUGUUACUAUUGUAUUAUAACUUUAUAAUGUUGACUAUCAUUGUCUUUGUUGUUUUUUUUUUAACACGCAAUUAAUCCUGAUUAGCUGAUUUUGUAACCAUAGUGUCAUUGAAUUCAUUGGCGGGUGGGUUUUUUGUUGUUGUUUUUUUUGUUCUUCGGCGUUGGGAUUUCUGCAUUUAUUUUUGUUUCCCCUGAAUAAAGCUGGUUUUAGGGUAUUCUGUUGAAAAGGGCAUGUUUUAAUUCAUUUAUUUUGGUUUGAAUUGCUAAUUCAACAGAGCUCUGAAAACGGAAACAUCAGCAUCACGUGACAGCCCCCUUUUGUCUGCGCCCAUUUCUUUCGCCCAAUUAUCAGCGACCUUAAUGUAGCCGUUGUCCAAUCAGAAUAGAGUAACGCAUUGGUCCCUCCCACUCAAAUGGUACCUUACUGUGGCCAUUUUAUUUUCGGCGUUCGAAAUUAAAACAAUUUCAUUUUGGCGACAGUGUUAACUUGGCGAAUGUGGGUUGUAUAAAAAGCUGGGUGUUUAUGCUGGAACUGGGAAUAGCGUCAGUGGAUCAGUAUGGACACCGAGGGGAGGGGUGGGCGAGGUGAUCGCAUGGGUCGAUAUUGCAACAGCCAUAAUGACCUCAACUUUCGGGACAUGGAUUACCGUGGUUAUGGCCACGACGAGGAGGCUGCAGAUGCAGACUGUAUUACCGGAAUGAAUGAGGACAGACCCUAUAUUCAGAGUGAAACAUCUCCAGACACCUUAGCAGGAAGUAGAGAAGGUGACUGGGGUUGUGGUGGUCCACAAAUGGAGCACAACAUACGCAUACACAAAGAGGAGCAAAGAUUCCCGUAUGCAGCAAGAAUGAGAAAAACAUUUCCAGUCAAACCAGAGGAACAUGGUUGUAGUUCUGAGCCAGAUUUGUCUCAAGAGGAGCUGGAUCAAAGGGACCAGGAUUACCGUGCUGAUAUGGACUACAAUCAAAAGCCCAGCAACAUUAUAAUGCUUCGAAUGCUCCCUCCCAACGCCACUGCUAAUGAGAUCCGGGCAAGACUUCAGGAACAGGGGAUCCAGCCUAGAGAGGUUCGGCUCAUGAGGAACAAAUCAUCAGGUCAGAGCCGAGGAUUCGCCUUCGUCGAGUUUAAUCUCAUACAGGAGGCCACCUGCUGGAUGGAGACCAACCAGGGCGUGCUGUUGAUUCUGGGACAUCGGGUGUCGAUGCACUACAGCAACCCGAAACCGCGAGCCAAUGAGGACUGGCUUUGCAACAAGUGUGGUGUGCAAAACUUUAAGAGGAGGGAAAGGUGCUUCAAAUGCAGCGCACCCAAAUCGGAGGCUGAACUGAAGUUGCCCCAGUUGCAAAAAGAUUUUGGUCAAGGUCUUAAAAAGGAGGGAGCUCAAGGUUUGCUGCCCCUUCCGGCACCCUUUCACUGCUCUAGUCUUUCCGUCCUCCCGGGCCAAGUCGCACAGCAGGCGGAUGUUGCCAACGACACUCUGAUACUCAGAAACCUCGGCCCGCACACGUCAGUGGAAGCCAUUUUGUCCUCCUUGGCUUCAUUUGCCACGCUGUCGCCUUCCAACAUUCGCCUCAUCAAGGACAAGCACACGCAUCUCAACAGGGGCUUUGCUUUUCUGCAGCUCACCACCAUCGUGGAGGCGUCCCAGCUGCUACAGAUCUUGCAGGCUCUCCAACCACCUCUGUGUGUUGAUGGGAAGGUGGUUGUUGUGGAGUUUGCCAAAGGUUCCAAACGAGAUGUGUUUCUGACAGACAGCAGUAAAGUGAGUGCUGCUACGGUGGCCAGCACAGCAAUUGCUGCAGCACAGUGGGCUGUCACACAGAAUGCACAAAAUGGUUCAGCUGGAGGGCAAGGCGCGGAAUAUAGUGAGCUGUAUCAGCAGCGAGCGGCCAUAACGUACAACCAGGGUGGUAAUGACUAUUCUGUGCCAGAUGGGCUGCAUUUUAAAGUCCAGGCAGACUCCAGGGUUUCUACAUUGCCGAAUCCAGGAAAACCCCUAAUGGGGGUUUAUACAAGAGGAACUACUCCAGCUGCAGUGAUUCCAGCUAAGGCCGCGACAUCCUGUCUAGGUGUUGUGCAGCAGCCUCCUCAACAUACUCCGGCUGCCAUCACCAAAACGGCUUCCACCACCCCAGCCGGCCAGGUUGAAAUAGUUGGAAAACCACAAGCGGCCGGUGCCAGCCAGCCUGCAACGCCAGGCACUGAACAUGAGCUCCAACGAUAUCCUUUACCGGAUGUAUCUACAUACCAAUAUGAUGAAAGUUCUGGCUACUAUUACGACCCGUUGACAGGACUGUAUUAUGACCCAAACUCACAGUACUAUUACAACCCUCACACUCAGCAUUUCAUGUACUGGGAGGGAGAGAAGCACACAUACGUUCCGGCACCUUCCGGCCAGUCAAACACAGAAGGUGCCCCCACUGGUGAUUGUGCAGCCCAAGUGGACUCCAUGUUUGCUAACAAUGGCAGUAAGGAGAAAAAAGAUAAACCCAAGAGUAAAACUGCUCAGCAGAUUGCCAAAGAUAUGGAGCGAUGGGCCAAGACUCUGAACCGACAUAAGGAGAACAUGCGCUCGGUCUCUUCUUCCCCUGCAGCCGGUUCCACGGAUCGCCGAGAAUCUGCCAGCGCUGAUGCAGGCUACGCUGUUUUGGAAAAAAAGGGGGCGCUAUUAGAACGGCCGCAGAUGUUUCUGGACCAGCUCAGACAAACAGAAUCUUCGCCUCCUCAGCACCCGGGUCUUGUCCCAGCGUAUAGCGCUGAAAGCGACAGCGAGGAAGAAGGAGGCGAGAGAGAUGACAAGGAAGGGAGACUCACCGACUGGGCCAAACUGGCCUGUUUGCUGUGUAGGAGACAGUUUCCGAGCAGAGAGGCCCUUCUUCGCCACCAGCAGCUGUCCGAACUCCACAAGCAAAAUCUGGAGCAGAAAAGAAUGCAGGAAAGUGCAAGCAAAGAGAGAUGUACAGAAGGACUGGAAGCACCUCACUCUAAGAAAAGGAGGUUGAACUCCAUCGACGGAAUCACAGGAUCAAGCCUCGGCGCCCGGAUGCUCCAAGGAGGUGUGAAAAAGGGGCUUCUGUUGCACAAUAUGCAAAUAGAGUAGACUGCGUUCGUUCGACGCAGGACGAAGCAUUUACACUCGCCUAUUAACACCACAUUUGGAUUCACUUCAUAUUUACCUCUUGGCCCCCGACCCCGCGGCAGUAGAGGGCGGGAUUUUGCACAGAAUGCACCUUUUUUUGUUUUGCUUUUCUUUCUCAACGAUGCCAUUUUAUGUUCUCGCUUACUUUUAAAGCUCGUGUUUAACAAACGAGCUUUAUUAUCAUCUUGAAAUGUAUGCAUAGAUUUGGACUUUAACGGAAUCCUAACGGUCUAUGCAGCGAUUUAAUUUAACGCUUUACACUUUGUCAUUCAGUGAAUGACUUCUAGUGGUACUGUGUACAAUUCUAACUGUACGUUUUUUUGGAUGAGCACAUUUUUCCGCCACUAGAGUGGAUGGAAAAGUGUUGUUUUACUAUUAAGCAUAUCUGCUUAGGAAGGUUGUCUUGUAUUGUUUUGGUUUGUAAAUGACUGUUAAUAGAAUACAAUAAUUCAUAGAAUUGUAUACUUUCAUUCAUUUUUCUUGAUUCCUUGUAUGUUUUUUUUUAAGCAUAAACUAGUAAACGGUGUUCCGGUAAAUGUGAUAUCAAAAUUUAAAUGUGCCCGUCUUUAUUUUUCGUCGAUUCAGCCCCCCAGGUGUCACGAACGCAGCAUCUCUACCUCAACAUGCUGUUUAUGCCUUUUUGAUAUCUUUGUUGCUCAUGGAGGCAAUGUUCGAGAAUGGUAAUGGCCGCCUUAUGACAUUUAAGUUGGAAGACUAAUAUGGACAUUUUAGAAGGAAAAACAAUUUUGUGUUCAUAUAAUUUACACUAAUAAAUGUCAUUGAAUCAACUUAGAACAUCACAAUUUUUGUGCGUAGUCAAAGGCAGCACCUACAAUUGGAUACCAGUGAUUGUUUCUCAAUGAGUACUUAACUUUAUUUGUAGCCCUUUAAAAAAUUUAUUAAAAAAAACAACUGUCAAAUGACUUAAAAGCAAAGAUUGUUCAACAUCAUGGUCAGAAGGAUACAUAACUGGUAUUUUAGAGGCGGUGACCUCGUUCAUUCCGUUCACAGAGAAGAACUAGUUCAUUUGACCCGUUCGUUCAUGAACGACACACCACUAGAACAGUGUGUGCCACCCUGUAUUGCGCAUGUCAUGAAUGGCGCUGGGCUGUGAAUUGCAUAAAUAGUUUCGACACAAACACAAAAUGGAUUGAGUCGAAGCUUGCUGACUACUGUAGCGGGCGAAUAAAGUUGCUUUUUUUUUGGACAAAAGCUAAAGAACUUGAGAGGACGUGUGGGCU